AUGGGGGGUAUGACAGUAUGUGGAAAAGCUAUUAACAUAAACAACAGCACCAGUGUCAGUGACAGUGGAGAAAUUGUGAAUGGAGAUAAUUUUUCAGGUUCCGGCAUCCAAGAGCUACUUGCUAAGGGCAGUGAAUUACUCAAACAGACUCGCAACGGUGAUCUGCAUUGGAAAAUAGUUUCUGUUUACAUACAUAGAACAGGACAAAUGUUGAACUCAAUUCUCUCAACUUCACCUCACACAAUCACCACCUUCUCAAAACCUCAAUUUAAACGCAUAUCAUUACCAACUUCAACCACCAUUUCACUACUUUCUCUCUUCACCAUUCCAAAAGAAGCCAGAGCUGCCAUAUCCGUGGACCAAAUUGUUACUUCUAUCACCCUAGUGGAGCAAACAAUUGAUCAGGUUCAAGGUUUUUUGGACUUGGCAGAACGUGGUCUUGAAGCUAUAGGGAAUUUUUUGAAGCCGGGAAUCGAUGCCGGGUUGCCAAUUGUGCAGCAGGCUGGGAAAGAAGCUUUGAAAUUUGCUUCACCAGCUUUCUCUGAGGCUUCUAAGAAGGCUCAAGAAGCACUUCAAAGCUUUCUCUUGUUCUCAUUGAACUCAAUUGUCACAUUUUGUGCUCAACUAAACUUAAUAACUAACGACAACAUGAUUCUGAUAUCCUGUACCAAUAGGAGAUUUCAGUUACAAUGUUUCUAUCCAAUCUGCUAA